AUGUCUGGCAACAUGAAUCGUAUAUUUCUCUGGUGCGUGCCCCGUACGUGCUCCACCGUUCUCCUGAAGUGUCUCAGUUUUGUCGACGGUAUCCAGGUCGUGAACGAACCGUACAACUGUGCUUUCCACGUGGGACCGGAGAGGAAGAAGUCGGACUGGCCCGAUCUGAACAACCCCAUGGACAAGCGUCUGUUUGAGACGUACAAUCAUGCAAGUAACGACGAUGACAUCCAAGGUUUCGAUGAUAAACACUCUACGUACGGCUGGAUCCGAGACCAGAUACUCGAGGCGUCUUACAGAGACAAGAACAUUCUGGUGUGUAAAGACAUGGCACACUAUCUGGACUCAAGGUACGAUGAACUCCCCCAGGGCUUCAAAUACAGCUUCCUAAUUCGCCACCCAGCAAAAGUACACCUAUCAUGGAAACAGCAUCUGGAGAAUUUUUUCCCCAGUCUCACAAAUGACAUACAGAGCCUACCGGAAUAUAUCUUUCCUGCAGGCCGUGGAUUCAAGGAGCUUUACGAGUUGGCGAUGUACGUUGAGAAGCAUCUUGGGCAAGACCCAGUAAUCAUAGACUCAGAUGAUCUUCUGGCUGACCCCGAAGGCAUCCUGUCGGCCUAUUGUCGGGAGAUGGGCAUUCCCUACAGCCGAGAACUUCUGUCUUGGGAUUCAAGCGACUCAGUCACCAAAACAUGGAUCACCCCAAAGAUAUUGAUGAAUGCCAAUAAGGUUGUCAGGUUCUUCAACAAGGCAUUCCGGAGUUCCGGAUUCGAGCAGCCUAGCAAUGCCGAACCGAUGAACGAGAGCCUUCCCGAAGAUGUCCGCCAGUGCGUAGAAGCCUCCUUGAGUUACUACGAGAAACUGCGUGAGAAACGGAUAAAACCCGCACCCAAAUAA